UAAGAGUAUAAGUAUUUAGAAGUACAACCUGUUGAAAAUAAUGACGUCAUAAAAUGACGUAAUUUAACGUCAUUUAAUGACGUCAGUCACUGACGUCAUAAAAUUACGUCAUUAUUUUCAACAGGGUAAUUUAUCCUUACCUUCAAUAAUUUGAACCAGGUUAUAAACAAGCCUUAUUAGCAUGUUUUAGCUGGAUAACUAGCCGUAAACAAUGAAUACAUCCACAAGCGAAUUUUUGACGUAAGCAAUCGUUGAUAACUUGAAUUAAUGUGAUAAAAAAUACUUCUAUCUAAAGAUUUUGAUCAUUGUGUGCACAUGUCAAAACAAGAAAAGCUCGCGCCAUAUCUAACAUACGCAUAAUAUACGAGGUAUAAUAGACGUGUAUUAAUGAACACUGAACUAUACGCUUUCUUUAUAAAUAUAUAUAAUACAUUUUUUUGCACACCUGUGAUAAAAUCAUACUGUAUGCACACUAUAUAAUAACAAAUUGUAGAGUUGCACUUUGCAAAAUUUGUAACAUUUUGUUUUACAUGUGACUCUAUAGUUCCGAGUUUCGCCACCAAAACAGGUGAGAUUCGGGUGGCGCUACAGUUGUGCACGGAGCGAAUACCGCAGUCCGCAUCGCACGUAGUUCGGGGCAUACCAACCUUGUAGCGAAUUGUAUACACUUCCGGCAUUAAACCGCGCUUUCUUGCUCUUAGUAGUCGUUUGUCUCUUUAAAACUUUGGAAAGAAUCGAACUUCUCACUUUAUUCUUAAAUUUUAAUUUAUUAUUAAAUUUGAGUAAGCAAGAUGAGUGACCACGGUGGAAUCGACGACGAGUUAGCCCACAUGGCGAUUGAAAAUGGAGGUGAAGGUAAUGGAAAUGAUGUAGAAUUUGAUGUGCCGCUGUCAGAUGAAGAAAUGGAAGAAAUCCCCAAUCCUCAACCAAUAAUAUUCAACCUAAAUCAGCAAGAUCAUGAACGAGGAUUACAGGUACAGGGCCUGGACAAUGCUGUAGGCGAAGAAGCUCUACCAGACCAACGUAAUGCCAGGGCUCAAGGAAUAGUAGAAGCUCAAAGGCAUGCUAAUCCUGGCCUGAGAAACUCUGUUGCUUCAAGAAGACAGCUCCAAGGCCAAGAGUAUGCUGAUGUAGCUAGUGGUAGACGGCAGCCACCUGGUCUGAUUAAUGCAGCUGGUAGAAGUGGACAGCCCCAGGGCCAAGGCAAUCCUGUCGCUGGAGGAGGAUAGCCCCAGAGCCAAGGCAAUCUUGUUGAAGGAGGACGACAACGCCAGGGCCAUGACAAUCCUGCUGCUAGAGGAGGAUAGCGCCAGGUGCAAGGGAACAAUGGUAAUCAGCAAUGCUCAAAUGAAGGAAAUGCAGCUGGGAAUGAUCAAUCUUGUGGCAACAGAGGUGUACGGGCUGGCCAAAAUCUGAGACGUCAAGCUUAUAGAUUCAAUCCGUACCAGCUGGAUCUAAUGAAUGUCGCUGAAUUCUUUAUAAAUAUAGCACAUUCUAGUGCAAAUAGAACAAGACAGGCUUUAGCUGCAGCAAGAAAGGCCAGAGAUAAUGAUCAGGUUCAAGAAGAGAACAAAAAUUAGUUUAAAAAUAUUUAUACUGUACCAUUUUAUAUUAUUUAGCAUCUUAUUUUAUAAUAUUUAAAUAUUAAAUACUAACUAUUCAGUAGUGUAUACUUCAAUAAUCAUUUUCAUAUAAUAUCAUAACUGUAAAAUAAAUAAAGUUCUUAAAUUUUUUCCAUAAGAAUCGUGAUUAUAACCGUAUUCUUUCUUUUAUAAAUAAGCCUUUAAUAAUGUAUUAACUUUAAUGGAAGAUUUAUUUUAAAAAUUUCAUUUUUUUGUCUAUUUUUUCAUAGCUUAUAGCUUAGUACAUAUGCAUACUUUUUUUUGCUCCAAUGAAAAAAGUUAUUAUUUAUUGUUUAUUAUAAUAAUUACACCUUCAUUAUUAUUAUAUUGCAUGUUACAACUCUCAUAACAUUCAAAAGUUAUUGUUCUGUUAACUUCAAAUUUAAUAUAAGCUAUAAUCGGAACGGGUGUAGUGCGCACCUAUUUUAUGCGUAUAAUACACGGUGUAAUACUUAUUACACGCGGCCGUGUAAUUGAGAGUUAUUUUUGUGACUGUCAACCGGUAUCGUCGUUGCAAGUUUCAAAGCAAAAUCAGUUUCGUUGACAGAAUAUACUCUUCUAAUUAUAACAAAUAAAAGGUAACUAUUAUUUAUAGCUUAUAUUGUUUCUCUUAUUCUUGUUUUAAUUACAAUAAUAAGUCGUCCUAGCCUUAACCUAACACUCUAACCUAAAAGUUAUAAAUGAUUUUUCAUGCAAAAAAAUUUGUGUGCAAUAUUUUCCAGUAAUCGUUUAUUUUUAGCAAAAUGGGAAGAGGCAAACAUCAGAAUUGGACAGGCUUUUUGGAAAUAAAGAAUAACAAGAAUGUUAUUGUUGGAGCCAAGUGCAUGAGCUGCGAAAAGACUUUUGUGAAAAGAGAUGCCAUUACAUUGGGUAAUCCUAAGUGAGUACAAGUUUUUUCAAGGUUUUAUAAUGACAAUUUUUUUCAUUUUUCCUACAAAUAAAAAUUAAAAAUUAUUUAUUCAAUAUCAUUUCAAUUUUCUUCAUACAAGUAAUAAUGAAAACAUUGCUGCUAUUAAUGCUGUGGCAGACAAGGAAGUUGCACUGCCUAUUAGUUCUAAAAGUGUAAGUUGUUUUAUCGAAUAAGCAUUCACAGAGAAUUAAGCUCAUUCUUUACUGGAACAUAAAAUGAACACUCGGCUAAAAAGAUAUUUAUAUUCACAUGCUAAAUUAAUGAAAAUCUGAUCAGUAUUUCUACCUGAUAUUGUAUACAUAUAUGAUACAAUAUCUAUCAGUCAUUCUGAUGAUUUUUGCAUUUUUAUUUUAACUAGAUAUUCAUCAAAAAAUGUUCAAAUUGGCUGCUAUGAUUAUUUUCAUGUAACUGUCUCUAUUGCAAUUUUAAUCUUGAGGCAUAUGAAAAUUUGUACAUUUACCACGUAAAAUUUUUUAUGAAAAUUGCUAAAUAGUUCUAGAUAUGUAUAUAUUGACACAAAGAUUUAAGAUUGCACUACUUUUUAUUUACCGUUUAAAACAUUUGUAGUCCACAUUGCUUAAUAGAUUUAAAAUUCUUAUUACUGUAAUUAUAAAUCAUUGUAAAUUAUUCAAACUGCAAAAUAUGUUCUAAUUUUAUGUUAUUUACACUCCUAUAGAAAUGACAGCAUAUUUUUUUAUUUAUAGGAAAUUAAUGUAGAUGUGUCUAUGAGUUCUUCGCAAUCAUCAAUUGUAGAAGUGCUUAUGCCAAACCGUGUCACUGGCGAAGAAAAAAAUGUAUUGCUAUUAAAAUUUUUUUUAGCUUGUGGAAUUGACAUUCAAAGAAUAAGUUCAGUCCACUGUACUAACUUCAUUCGUUCAUUGGACACAGAUUAUAACUUACCAUCUUUACAACAUCUACAGGAUAGUAUAUAAAAACUAGUAGAAAAAAAUAGACUUAUACCUAAUUCGCAACUCUUUGAAACGUUAUAUGCGUU